CAUAAAGUCAGGACGUGGUCUCUACCAGAAGAUGAGAUUCCAGUUGUUUUAUUUACUGGGCUUGCUCAGUGUGACAAGCCUGACCCAUGCUGCCAACAAUCUGGUUUGUUAUUAUGACUCCACCUCGUAUUUGCGCCAAGGACUGGCCAAAAUGCAUACCAACGAACUGGAUUUGGCCCUGCAGUUCUGCACCCAUUUGGUUUACGGAUAUGCGGGCCUGAAGUCCGGUACGCUCGAGCUAUUCAGUCUGAAUGUGGACCUGGACAUGUUCUACUACAAGGACAUCACCGCCCUGCGACAGAAGUUUCCUCAACUGAAGAUUCUCCUCAGCGUGGGUGGAGAUCGCGAUGUGGAUGAGGCUCACCCCAAUAAAUAUGUGGAGCUUCUGGAGGCGAAUCGCACUGCUCAGCAGAAUUUUAUAGACAGCAGCAUGAUUUUGCUGAAGCGAAAUGGAUUCGAUGGCCUCGAUCUCGCGUUCCAGUUGCCCCGCAAUAAGCCCAGAAAAGUCCAUGGAUCCCUUGGAACGUACUGGAAGUCGUUUAAGAAGCUUUUCACUGGUGACUUUGUUGUGGAUCCCCUGGCGGAGCAGCACAAGUCACAAUUCACCGAUCUCGUGGGAAAUAUAAAGAAUGCCUUCCGAUCUGCCAAUCUGAUGCUGUCUCUGACAGUUCUGCCCAAUGUGAACUCCACAUGGUACUUUGAUGUCCCCAAACUGCAUCCCCAGUUCGACUAUAUAAACCUAGCGGCCUUCGACUUUCUCACUCCACUACGAAAUCCCGAGGAGGCGGACUACACAGCUCCGAUUUUCUUCCAGGACGAACAGAAUCGCUUGCCCCAUUUGAACGUGGAGUUCCAGGUUAACUACUGGCUGCAGAAUCAUUGUCCCGGCCAAAAGUUGAACCUGGGAAUAGCCAGUUAUGGCAGGGCUUGGAAGUUAUCGAAGGAAUCUGGACUCAGUGGAGCUCCCAUUGUUCAUGAGACAUGUGGAGCUGCACCCGGCGGAAUACAAAUCCAGAGUGCUGAGGGCUUACUCAGUUGGCCAGAGAUUUGCUCAAAGUUGUCGCAGAACGCAUCCGCUCAAUAUAGAGGAGAAUUGGCGCCGCUCCGCAAGGUCACGGAUCUCACCCAGAAAUACGGAAAUUACGCCCUCCGGCCGGCGGAUGAGAAUGGAGAUUUUGGCGUAUGGCUGAGCUUCGAUGAUCCGGAUUUUGCUGGAAUAAAGGCGGUCUAUGCCAAGAGUAAAGGACUCGGUGGAAUUGCGCUUUUUGAUUUAAGUUACGAUGACUUCCGUGGACUUUGCACUGGCCAAAAGUACCCCAUUGUGCGGUCAAUUAAGUACUUUAUGGGAUGUCUGGGCAAGCUGCUCAAUCCCGAUCUGGAGAUCGCCUUGCAAUUCUGCAGCCACUUGGUCUACGGCUAUGCUGGACUACGAGGUGAAAACCUACAGGCGUACAGUAUGAACGAGAACCUGGACAUAUACAAGCAUCAGUUCUCCGAGGUGACCUCCCUCAAGAGGAAGUAUCCCCACCUGAAGGUUUUGUUGAGUGUGGGCGGCGAUCAUGACAUCGACCCUGAUCAUCCCAACAAGUAUAUCGAUCUGCUGGAGGGCGAGAAGGUUCGUCAAAUUGGAUUCAUCCGAUCGGCCUAUGACUUGGUAAAGACCUACGGCUUUGAUGGCUUGGAUCUGGCCUAUCAGUUCCCCAAGAAUAAGCCCAGGAAGGUUCACGGUGAUCUGGGACUGGCAUGGAAGAGCAUUAAGAAGCUGUUCACCGGCGAUUUCAUAGUGGAUCCACACGCAGCCCUUCAUAAGGAGCAGUUUACCGCCUUGGUAAGGGAUGUAAAGGACUCCCUAAGAGCUGAUGGAUUCCUGCUCAGUCUGACUGUGCUGCCCAAUGUAAACUCAACUUGGUACUUUGAUAUUCCCGCUCUGAAUGGCCUGGUGGACUUUGUGAACCUGGCUACCUUCGAUUUCCUGACGCCAGCUCGUAAUCCCGAGGAGGCGGACUACAGCGCUCCCAUCUACCAUCCCGAUGGAUCAAAGGAUCGCUUGGCUCACCUUAACGCUGAUUUCCAGGUGGAGUACUGGCUAUCUCAGGGAUUCCCAUCUAAUAAGAUCAAUUUGGGAGUUGCCACUUAUGGUAAUGCUUGGAAACUUACCAAGGACUCGGGUCUCGAAGGCGUUCCUGUGGUGCCGGAGACAAGUGGACCAGCUCCCGAGGGCUUCCAGUCCCAGAAGCCCGGAUUACUCAGCUAUGCUGAAAUCUGCGGAAAGUUGUCCAAUCCCCAAAAUCAAUUCCUCAAGGGCAACGAUUCGCCACUGCGAAGAGUUUCUGAUCCCACCAAGAGAUUCGGGGGCAUAGCUUAUCGCCCAGUGGAUGGUCAGAUAACCGAGGGCAUUUGGGUGAGCUACGAUGAUCCCGACUCCGCCUCCAAUAAGGCAGCCUACGCCCGUGUCAAGAACCUAGGGGGCGUGGCGCUGUUCGAUCUGAGCUACGAUGAUUUCCGUGGACAGUGCUCAGGCGAUAACUCUCUGGGUUCACAUAUCUCUGCAAAGAUGACUGGCUCUCUUUGGCUCAGUUUGGCACUGAGUCUGGCGAUUUUGGCUCAAUUUAAAGUGAGCGCCGCUCCUAAUCUGGUUUGUUUCUAUGACUCGCAGGGCUCUCAGCGUCAGGGCCUGGCUCAGUUUUCGAUUACCGACAUCGAGCUAGCCCUGCAAUUUUGCACCCAUUUGGUCUACGGCUAUGCGGGUGUUAAUGCCGAUAACUUUGAAAUGCAGAGCAUUAACAAGCGUUUGGACCUUGAGCAGCGUCAUCUGGCCCAGGUCACCAGUAUGAAGGAACGCUAUCCCCACAUCAAGUUCCUCUUGAGCGUUGGUGGCGAUGCCGAUACCAAUGAGGGUAACCAGUAUAUAAAGCUCCUGGAAUCGGGACAACAGGGCCACAGGCGCUUCAUCGAAUCCGCUCGAGAUUUGGUGAGACGUUAUAAUUUCGAUGGUCUGGACCUGGCUCUCCAGCUACCCAGAAAUAAGCCACGCAAAGUCCAUGGGGAUGUUGGCUCUGCCUGGAAGAGUUUCAAGAAGUUCUUCACCGGCGACUAUAUUGUGGACACUGAAUCGGAAACGCACAAAGGACAGGUUACUGCCCUGAUCAAGGAUUUGAGUGCCGCUCUGAAACAAAAUGAUCUGCUGCUCAGUCUCACCGUUUUGCCAAAUGUUAACUCCAGCUGGUACUACGAUGCUCCUUCGAUUGCCCCAAGCCUGGACUUCAUCAACCUGGGAACUUUUGACUUCCUGACCCCACAGCGCAAUCCCGAGGAGGCGGACUUCUCGGCGCCAACAUAUGAGGCAGUUGGACAAAAUCGUUUGGGCCACUACAAUCUGAACUUCCAAAUGGAACACUGGCUGCUUCAAAGAGUGCCGGCUAAUAAGAUAAACAUUGGCAUUGCCACCUAUGGCAGGACGUGGAAGAUGAGCAAGGAUUCGGGAGACUCUGGUAUGCCAGUGGUCUCCUCCACCCAGGGACCUGCUCCAGCUGGACCUCAGAGCAAGCAGGAGGGUCUGCUCAACUGGGCUGAGAUCUGCUCGCUGAUGCCAAACCCCAGUAACUCCAAUGCCCGAGGUCCUAAUGCUCCGGUGAAAAGGGUUGUGGAUCCCACCAAACGUUAUGGCAGCUACGCCUUCCGUGCCGCCGAUGAAAAUGGAGACCAUGGACUGUGGAUCAGCUACGAUGAUCCGGACUCGGGCUCCAGCAAGGCUAUGUACGCCCGGGCAAGGAAUCUCGGUGGAGUGGCUCUGUUUGAUCUGACCCAAGACGAUUUCCGUGGUCAGUGCACAGGCGAUCGCUUCCCCAUGCUGCGCGCCAUCAAGUAUCGUCUUCUCUAAGCCGACUUCUCUAAGCCAACGUCUCCGGACCAGACCAUAAAGACAUCUCCAGCACGCAAAUGUCACAAGAAAAGUUGGGGAAGCGGAGCUGGGAGGGAACAAAUGUCACCCUUUCGGUGGCUAAAAGGCCUCCUUCUGUGUCUGUCCCUUUUUGCAAAUUAAUUACAAAGUUGUAAACUAAAAUGCACCGCAAAUUAA